AUGCAUCCCAACAAUAUCAUUCCUCCUAGUACCAACAUAAACUUGACAUAGUCAAAUUACCAAAUUCCCAAGUUGUUUAGGUCAUUCCUUUAUUGUUCUUGAGCAAUGGCCCUAAACAUUAGCUUGAGAAGUUUGAUAAUAGUUGCCAUUGUAUUUUUUGUUGCCGUGCAAGGAACUCUUGGAAGCAUAGAAUGUGAGAAUUUGAACCAAGACACAUGUGCAUAUGCAGUCUCAUCAGAAGGAAAACGUUGUGUGCUUGAAAAGCAUGUAAAAAGGAGUGGUGAAGAAAAAUAUACAUGUAGAACAUCAGAGAUUGAAGCUGAUAAAUUAAAGGACCAUAUUGAAACUGAUGAAUGCAUCAAGUCAUGUGGGUUGGAUAGAAAAUCUUUUGGAAUUUCAUCUGAUUCUCUUCUUGAAUCUAGUUUCACACAAAAUCUUUGUUCUCCUCAGUGUUACAAAAGUUGUCCCAAUAUUGUUGAUCUCUACUUUAACCUUGCUGCUGGUGAAGGUGUGUUUCUUCCCAAGUUAUGUGAAGCUCAAGGUAACAAUGCUCGUAGACAAAUGGCUGAGAUCAAAAGCUCUGGCAUUGUUGCACCAGGACCAUUCCACUCUACUCAAUUCAUAGCUACUUCUCCACAAUCUUCUGAAGGUGUAAAACUCACAGCUGAACCUCCAGUUACACCAGCACUGCCACCAUUCUAAGUAGUAGUAGCAACUUUUGAAUAACAAAUAAUAAGUUAUAUUAAAUAUAUUUGAUGCUUAAUAUAUAUCAACUAAAUUAUAUCUAGUUUGUAAUAAGGUAAAGGAAGUUGUUUACCAAUAAAUUUAUACAUCUUUUUUGGAAGGAAUUAUUAAAUAUUAAUAUAUUUUGUGUACAAC